CUCGUAACGAAUGUAACGAUUAAGGCUUUUCGGAUUACAGUAAUCACAACAUUGUCAUCUCUGGUUUUCACUUGAUGGAAAAAAUGGCGACAAAUAUAAUUCUACAAAAUAGAUGUAUUUGCUGGUGAAAAAUAUGAAAUUUGUCUAAAAAAGUGCAUUUUGAACAGAAAAAAUAUAAUAAAAAAGUGACAUCUUAUUGAAAUUUGAGUGAUCGGUUGACAUAUUUCAUUAAAUAUUUGAAGAAAUUUCACAUUUUGAACACUAAAAACUUGUAGUUAAAAUCACAGCAUACAGAAGGAAAGGUGACUUGGUUAGGAAACCAAAUAUAUAUUAACAAUGUGGAAUCAAUGGGCCGGAAUGGCGGCUGCUCCAUUACCACCUCCUAUGGUAGCCGCGCCACCUUUACCAACAACAGCACCCCCACCACCACCAUCAGAACCAGCUCCGCAAACACCGACAGUGCCGAAUGCGCCUGGCUCGGCAACUUUAAUAGGCCCAGUUUUGCCCAGUGUAGCAACGCCCACAGCUCCGCCAUUAACUGCGGACAUGUCAGCAACUGCAAAUCCUUAUUCCGAAUACACGGCCGCACAAUAUGCUGCUAUGACUCCGGAACAGCAGUACGCUCUGCAACAACAUUGGCAACAGUGGCAGGCCUAUCAGCAAGAGUACGCUAAAUGGCACGCCCAAUAUGGAGAACAGUAUAAAAGAGAAAUGGAAGCUGCUGCUGCUAACAAUCCAGCGUACGCUGCUUAUUAUCAGCAACAACAGCCGCCAACUGUUCCAACAACGAUUGCCGCAACUGCCCCUAAGCCCGUUCAGCAGCCGGCUAAAAUAACAGGCCAACCGCAAUUGUAUGUUCAGCAGCCACCUGCAUUAAACCAGAUGAAUUCGUCUUCUCUACCACCACCAACUAACGUACAACCAUCUUGGCCACAUCAGCAACAAGCACAGCCACAAUACAAUCAUCCACCACCAAAUUUCAAUAUCUCACAGCCACCACCAAUUGAACCAAGGAUAGACGGCGGAAACCAGCAUCAUUCAAUAAACAGAGAUGCGAGCGCUAAUUAUCAAAGUCAUCAAAAUCGAAGUUAUUCUGACAAAAGGGGUGAUAAUGAUAAUAACGUCGCAGCGAACGAUUACAAUUUUAAUCAAAAUCGUGAUAAUAAUCGUGGGCCACAGGACCAUGGCGGUGGGGUUAAUGUAAAUGCCAAUACUGGUUCAGACAAUCGGAAUAAUCGCGGGCCAAAUAACAGAAACAUGAAUAAUCGUGGUAGCAACUGGAACAUUUCUACAAAUAACCGAUGCAAUGAUGGAGCAAAUAACUUAAACAAUGAACCAGAUAAUAAUUGGCAAGCAAAUUUGCCGACCUGGAAUAACAGCAGCAAUAACAACAACAACAACAACAGCAGCAGCAGCAGCAGAUCAAAUAUUUGGGAGAAUAAUGAUUCCCAUGAUGGUUCUAACAGUGUGGAUAGAGGCCCUAGUUGGAGUGCUAGUUCAGGAAAUAAAGGUCCCAAUAACCGUAAUAAUGACGGCUUCAAUAAUAGAGAUUCUAAUUGGAAUAAUAACGGACCAAACAGUGCUCGAAAUUCGUGGAAUAAUAAUAAUGAUAAUAAUUGGAAUAAUGAUGUUUCAAAUAAUCGUAGUGGAUUAAACGUUCGGAAUAAUGACGCAUUCGACAAUAGAUCUCGGAAUUUAAACUGUUGGGAUAAUAACGGUUCGAAUAACAAUUGGAAUCAACGUGGUGGUAAUAGUGCCAAUGCUUGGAAUAACGGUCCCAAUGGAAGCCGGAAUUUUGCUAAUAAAAAUUCGGAUAAUAACCAGCGGCGUCUUGGGGGCAGUGGACGAAAACCUCCUGAAUUAGAUGAAGAAAGUUUCGAUCGUCAGUUUCGUCAAUGGGAAGAACAGUUCGAAGAAUGGAAACGUGCUAAUGCUAAUCAUCCCGAUCGCGAAAUGUAUCGACGUUACGAACAAGAAUUUGAAAAACAACGCCAGAGAAUUAUUGAGCGCCGUGAACAAAUGAGGCGCCGUAAAAUGAUGCAAAUGGGCGUGAACUUGCAGCAAUCUCCACAAGAUUCACAACAACCAAACAAUCUACCACAAAUGCAAAACCCACCACAAAAUAAAAAUUCAUUAGAAACUAAGAGCGCUCCCCAAAAUCGAUGUUUAAAUCAACAUUUAGAUGAAGGAAAGGCCAUUUCAAGUGCCACGAUUGCUAUGGACAUAGCGAGCGAAUUGCCAGAGUCUAUCAAUAAAGAGGACGCAUGCUCGGAAUCAACAGACCGAAAGUCCCAUUCUUUUAGACGGGAAGACACGUGUGCUUCCUCGGGUAAACGCAGAACUCGUUUUAGUUCACCUCCGUCGAAGAUGAAAUCGUCGGAUGCCUCCACUUCCACAAAUACAAUCAGCAAUUCUAUGACUAUGGAAAUUAUAGAUCUUGAAGAUGAUGACGAACAAGAUGAUAAUCCGGAAAACUCCUCUAAAAACAUGUCCGAAAUAUUUAAGAAACCAGAUGGCAUUCCCGGGUUAGAUCUAGUGGAAGAUGGUAAUGACAAAUCUGGCAAAAAUGAAGAAACUAUUGUUACCAAUCCAGUAGCAACUGAAGAAUCAACGAAAAAAAUUCCAUCCUUGUUUGAUGUGAAGAUAGACAAACCGACAAUGGAUCAAGGGAAAACCGAUGAAGACAAAUCGAAACCAGCGGCUUCGGGUGCUAUUAUACCUGACAUAGCCAAUUCUUUAAAUGACCCGGAAUUUAUGAAAAAAAUAUCCGAAGCAGUCGCUAAAGCCCAAGGCAAAGAUUGUUUAGAUAAUGCCUGGCAGGGUAAUGAUAAUGUGCGGUCAGAUAAUGAUGGCCGGCCUCUGACGUUUGCGGAGUGGCAACGCCGCAAAGGUAAUGCCCCUCAGAAACGUAAUGAACCGAGUGUGGAACGUGACAAUCAGAAUUCUAGCGACAGUUUUCGCCAGAAACGCUCAAAUGAACCCGAACCGGAUGAUAAUAACUCGAAUUAUAGUGACGCUUACAGUGGUAGCGCAACCGUAGAUGCAGAAGAAAAAGGACCUAACUUCAGUGGUAACUUAGCUCCGGAUCCCAACAAUUUUGGUCCGAAUAGAGGAGGUAAUAAUCAUGGACCUAAUCACUUCAAUAACCGAGGAAAAAAUUACGGACCUAAUGAAUCCAGUAACUUUGGACCAAAUGCACCCAACAAUUUUGGACCGAAUGGGCCCAAUAAUUUUGGACCGAAUGGCUCCAAUAAUUUUGGACCGAACGGUCCAAAUAACUCUGGACCAAACAACUUCGGACCGAAUGGCCCCAACAACUUUGGACCCAAUGGCCCCAGCAACUUUGGAUCAAAUUGUCCCAACAAUUUUGGACCAAAUGGCCCCAACAAUUUUGGGCCAAAUGGUCCCAGCAAUUUUGGACCAAAUGGAUCCAAUAAUUUUGGGUCCAAUGGCCGCAAUAACUUUGGUCCAAAUGGACGCAACAACUUCGGACCGAAUGGACCGAAUAAUUUUGGACCUAAUGGCCCUAAUAGCUUUGGAUCUAACUGUCCUAAUAAUUUUGGACCAAAUGGCCCUAAUAACUUUGGACCGAAUGGCCCCAAUAACUUUGGAACGAAUGGCCCUAACAAUUUUAGAGGUUAUAACAAUCGAAAUUUCGGAGGACCGAACGGACCAAAUUUUGGUCCCAAUGGGCCAAAUAAUUUUGGUCCUAAUUUCGGCCCCAAUGGCCCAAGUUUUGGUAACAACGGUUCUAAUUUCAAAUCCAGCGGCCCCAAUUUUGGUCCUAAUGGUCCGAAUUUCAAUUCCAAUGGUGGAAAUUUUAAUUCGAACUUUGGUCCGAAUGGGCCCAAUUUUGCAUCCGGUGGCCGCAAAUUUGGUAGAAAUGGACCUCCAAAUCGGCGCAGUUUUGGCUUUAAUCGUCCUGAAACUGACGAUACCCAUAGCCAGAGCGGAUCGAAUUUUGGUGGCGAUGGUGGUAAUAGCGAUUAUGAUGACCAUGCUUCGGAUCAAAAUACCUCGUCGCGUAACAGAAGUAAUCCUUUUCGUCGCAACGAUGGCCCCCAUGUGCCAGUGUUCGAUAACGAUGAUAACAAACGCAAAAAACGAUCGCACGACGGCAGCGAUUCAUGGGUGAAAGGAGGUGGGAAUUAUGAUAAACCUAAAUUCGCGAAACUAAACAAAAAGCGACUACAGUCAGCAAUGGAUGAAUAAUGCUCGCGGAAUCGUUUAGACGAUCACACAAAAUCUCGUCAUUUUAAUUACUCCCUAUAGACACAUUCGGUAAACUCUCUUCUACAAUAUUUUCCCAUAUACUUUUUCGUAAAGUAUGUCAGUUAACAUUAUAUGAAAAUUAUUAAAGCCAAAAGAGAAACAUAAAAAUUGUGCUUUGCAAGGUAUAAAAUUUUAAAGUUUGUCAUUACAUAUAUGUUAAGUGAACUAACAUAAGGACAAAAUAAAUCCACUUCAUUAUUAUUCAUAUACUAGAGAAUAAAAAAAAAAAAGAAAAAAGAAAACUUCUCUUGUUUUUCAAUAAAUGUGGAAAAACACGUGUCUUGUAAUUUAUUUAAUAGGGUCACAAUCUGUUUUAGGAGCCCCAAUAAUUGUUCAUUUAGAUGCUUGUACAAAAUCAGAGAUUCAUCGAAAUUUAUUUCUAUUUUUUUAAAUCACAUGAUAGAUAAUACGAUAAAUAUUUCAAUAUUAAUAAUUUUUAUCGCAUAAAGGUGGAAAAUGAAACGCCUUGAGCAACAAAUAAUGAUUUCCUUAAAUUCCGCAUUUCCGCAUUUCCGCAAUUUUUAAGAUGCUUUUCCGUCCGCUAUUAUUAAAUUAAUGCCAUAAAUAUACAGCAAACUCUAAGCAAAGGGCUUUAGUUAUCUAUGUGAAUUUUCGCAAAAAUGCAAAAUGACUAACUCGAGCUAAAUAUCUUUGUUCUUCACAAGGUCAACUAUUUACCUAAGCGAGAAAUUGUUGUUCGCUACGGGGUGAUUUUUAAAAACUCACCAUCCUAGUUAAGUAGAGACAGAAAAAAACGUCCUUUUUUUUUUUGAACCGAUCCAGUCCAAAAGUUUGGGCGUAAUUUCGUAAAAAUUAAUUUACAUAAUUAUAUCUUGCAUAACUUGCGUUAUAAGGGUGUAUUAAGUUUGUGCGUAUGUAUGCAACACGUAUAAGGAUUUGAGAUAGAUCCCCUUUUUAUUAGAUCGAUUGAUUGAGAGCCACUUUCUGAAUUGAUCUUAGCUUGUCAGUCCGUUUAUCCGUCUGCCCGUCUGUCUGUCCUGUUUUCAAUCUACAGAUCGCAAUUUUUCAGAUGCACCGAUGGCCUAAGGACGAUAGCUAUUAAAAAUGGCUCGCAGCGGAUCAAUUUUUCGCCAACUUCCCUUAUAAUGCUUUAUGCUAAAAAGUCAUUAUAUGAUGCAUGGUAUAGGGUAUUCAAUGGUGGGUUGUGACCCACUGUAACGUUUUUACAUGUUUUAUACAGGUUUAUAUUUACACAAAAAUAAAAAUUAAAUUUGUUUAUACUAACUUCAAUGACACAACAACAAAUCUUUUGUCAAUUGAACGGCUCAAAUGGGCAAAAACUUGUUUUUAUUGAUUCCGUUCAGCAAUCUCAAUUAUAAUUUUUUUUUUUUUUUUUAAUGCUUUUUGCCAAUUUUCUAUCGAUCUGAGAAUUAUAUUCGAUUUUCAUAAUGGAAUUGCAACGACUGCGCAGAGAGUUACGUGUUUUAUGAAAGUACUUAAAAUCCCAAAAAAAAUUAUUAUAUAAAAAAAAAAAAAAAAUGAGAAAAUGGGAAAAUUAGAAUUGGGCAUUAGGUAUUUCCAUAUAAGUCACGUGAAAGAAAUGCAAAAUGAAUUAAUAAAUGCGGACGUGACAUGUGACGUAAAUAAUGCUUGUAAUAAAUCUGUGAUCAAUAUCUCCCAUAGGCGGCUGCAAGUUAAAAUACUUUUUAUUUAUGAUGGGUGGUUGGCCUACGACCUUUUUUUUUUUUUUAUAUCUAAACUAAUUUUUCAGAUAUAUUAAAAACUACGGUUAGUAUUUCUGACCGAUGAUUAAGACAAUGAUAUUUUAGUCGACAUUCCGACCUUGAAGUUUAUCUCAGUUGAAUUUACGCCCAAGAAUUUGAACAUAAUCGCUGAAAAGAAAAUUUGAAAAGAGAUGCUUUCCCUAUGGCCCUAACUUAAACUUAUUGGGAAACAUUUUCUUUUGUGGGAUGCAUCGUAUAUAUGAGCAAAAAAAGAUAAAACGAAUAGUUGCUGUAACCGAUAUAAUUAUUGUAUAGCGCUGCAAGUACAUUAAAGAAGAUUUUAAUAUUAAAAAAAACAAAUUUGAUAAUUUGUUUAUUAUAUGCAUACCACAUGUUGUAUUUUUAAAUAGACCCCGAUUUGAAUGGAACGUAGAGCGAAAAUUCGCUCGUUAAAGACACCUUGUUGUAUGUCGUGUCGUAUAUAUAGUACGUUCCAAAUUAUGACCUUCUAUGAUUUAGUAGCGCUUUUAAAGCGAUCACAUAAAAAUGUACAUUUUUCGGAACGUUAUUUUUUUUUUGGUCUUGAAGCUGCUUUGAUUGAAUUCCUUUAGAAAAUGUUGCAAAAAAAAAAAUUCAUUACACGGAAGAAAUAUUUUCCGUGAAAUUUUUAGCUUUAGUUUAACUUGAAUGAGAUAACCGUUGAGUAGAUAUGAGGCUGGGGAUGAUUGAAAAGAAGUGAGUAUUUCAUUAUAAACCUUCUAACAAGAAGUGUUCGCGCGACCAGAGAAUGGGAACAAAUAUAAGAACUUGGACACUAGGACACUUUUAUGGUUUUGAUAUUGAAUAUGGUUGUGCGGACGUAUGUGUUACACUCAGGGCGGCUUAAGAUAGACGAACCUUUUAUUAAAACGAUCGAUAUAGAAUCAUUUGCUGAAUCGAUCUAAACAUGUAUGUCCGUUCGACGUCUGCUCAUGUACUCCUGAGUACAAUGUACGGGUCGCAAUUUUUGAGAGAUUUUCAUAAAAUUUAUUGCACUGGCGUGCUUUAAACCAAUGAUGACCGCUAUUGACAUUGGUUCGGAUCGGUCCACUUUAUCGAGCGUUCCCCAUAUAACGCCUUAUUUUCAAAAGUAAUUUGCAAUUUUCCAAAUUGAUCGAGAAAAGUCGCUGAGUAAUUGUAUGUCGACUUUCUAAAUUAGUAUUAAAAGUUUGGUUCGUCUGAGGCAAUUUUUUGAAUCUCUUCUCGAAUAACGAUUCCUACGAAAAGUGAAUUUUUAUAUGCUAAAGAAAUGUAAUGUUCAAUAUUUUAUGAUGGAAAUUGGUUCAUAAUAGUAAAUUGACAAAGAAAUCAAUGUUAACGUGUUUGGACUAUGUAGGUCUAUAACUUGGAUACAACCGCAUGUAAGGAUUCUCAGGAAAUCCAAAAUUUUUUAUGCUAAAAACACUAAUUAUCAAUAUAUUAGUGGAUUAAAUUUGAACCACUUUGGUCCUCUUCUUUUUUUUUUUUGGACCCCAUCCUACAUAAGAUUUUUUAUGAAUAGUGAGCCGUUCAGAAAAAGACUUAAUUUUUAAUAUUUUAUGAGGAAAGUUGGCUUAUUGAAGUCAUUUACCAAGAAAAUUAACAAUAGGGAGUUUGGAUCACAUAGGUCUAUUUUUUAGAUCCUAACAUAUAAUAAGGGGCUACAAUAAAAAGCAAGCCCUUAUAUAGAGGGAAAAAUCAAAAAUCUAGACGGAACUGAAACUGACGGAAACUGAAAUAUAAUAAAAUUUUUAGGCAGUACAUUAAGUUUUUUAAAUUUAGACCAUGUCAUGUGAUGUUUAUGGGCAUGCUCCGAAGUGCGUGCUCUUAUGAAAAGUACGUCUUUGGAUGAAAAUAAUGUCUAAUUUUUGGUAUAUUAUUACCAAAACGAAUAACUGUGCGAGACGUAGUGGCAUAGGGUAUCUAAUGCUCAGCUUUGCCGGGCUAGUUCUUACCUGUUUUAG